AUGUCAUCUCGACCAGAUCUGAAGGUCGACGACGAAGUCGGCUUCAUCCGCUUCUACAAAUCCCUCCCCGAAACAGACGACAAUGAAACCCUCCGAAUCUUUGACCGAGGCGACUGGUACUCUGCCCACGGUACCAACGCUGAAUUCAUCGCCAGAACAGUAUACAAAACGACCUCCGUUCUUCGAAACCUCGGCCGAAGUGAAAGUAGCGGUCUAGCCUCCGUGACAAUGACAGUGACUGUAUUCCGAAACUUUCUCCGUGAGGCCCUCUUCCAAUUAAACAAGCGGAUUGAGAUCUGGGUUUCGGGCGGAACAGGCAAGGGAAAUUGGAAGUUGGGCAAACAAGCUAGUCCUGGUAACCUGCAAGAUGUUGAAGAUGAGCUAGGUAGCGUCGGUGCAUUGUCUAUGGAAUCCGCACCGAUUAUCCUUGCUGUUAAGAUCUCUGCUCGAGCUUCGGAGGCUAGAAAUGUCGGUAUCUGCUUUGCGGAUGCUAGUGUGCGUGAGCUUGGCGUGAGCGAGUUUCUUGAUAAUGACGUCUACUCAAACUUUGAGUCACUUGUCAUUCAGCUUGGUGUUAAGGAGUGUCUUGUUGUUAUGGAUUCUACAAAGAAGGAUGUGGAAAUGGGCAAGAUUCGUGCUAUUGCUGAUAGUUGUGGAAUUGCUAUCUCCGAGCGACCUGCGGCUGACUUUGGGGUGCGUGAUAUCGAGCAAGAUCUUACAAGAUUGUUGCGCGAUGAGCGGUCCGCUGGUACCCUUCCACAAACCGAGCUAAAGCUUGCUAUGGGCUCUGCUUCUGCUUUGAUCAAGUACCUUGGUGUUAUGUCUGACGCGACUAAUUUCGGCCAGUACCAACUUUAUCAGCAUGACUUGUCGCAGUACAUGAAGUUGGAUGCUUCUGCGCUGAGGGCGCUGAAUCUGAUGCCUGGGCCUCGAGAUGGAUCGAAGACCAUGAGUCUGUUUGGUCUACUGAAUCACUGUAAAACACCCGUUGGGAGUCGUUUGCUGGCUCAAUGGCUCAAGCAGCCCCUUAUGGAUCUCGCUGUUAUCGAGCAACGACAACAGCUGGUUGAGGCGUUUGUUGUGAAUACUGAGCUACGUCAGACUAUGCAAGAGGAGCAUCUCCGUGCGAUUCCUGAUCUCUACCGAUUGGCUAAGCGAUUCCAGCGCAAGCAGGCGAAUCUGGAGGAUGUUGUUCGAGUUUAUCAGGUUGCUAUCCGUUUGCCUGGAUUUGUUCGUGCACUGGAAGAUGUCAUGGAUGAAGAAUACCAGACACCUUUGGAUAAAGAAUACACAGCUAAGAUUCGCGGCCAUUCUGACAAUCUGGCCAGAUUGGAGGAAAUGGUUGAGACUACGGUUGACUUGGAUGCUUUGGAGAACCAUGAAUUUAUUAUCAAGCCUGAGUUUGAUGAAAGUCUCCGCAUCAUUCGCAAGAAGCUUGAUAAGUUGCGGUAUGAUAUGGAUAUGGAGCAUCGCCACGUUGCCGAUGACUUGAACCAGGAUAUGGAGAAGAAGCUAUUCUUGGAGAACCACCGAACACAUGGUUGGUGUUUCCGUGUUACGCGUGCUGAAGCAGGCUGCAUCCGAAAUAAGAAGGGUUACCAAGAGUGCUCUACACAGAAGAACGGAGUUUACUUCACUACCUCGACUAUGCAGUCCCUCCGCCGCGAGCACGAUCAGUUCUCAUCCAACUACAAUCGGACCCAGACAGGGCUAGUUGGUGAAGUGGUCAAUGUCGCCGCAUCCUACUGCCCUGUUUUAGAGCAGCUUGCAGGCGUUCUUGCCCACCUCGACGUUAUAGUUAGCUUUGCCCAUGCAUCCGUCCAUGCCCCAGCCGGCUAUGUUCGACCCAAAAUGCACCCUCGAGGCACAGGUAACACUGUGCUCAAGGAAGCUCGUCACCCAUGUAUGGAGAUGCAAGACGACAUUUCAUUCAUCACCAAUGACGUCUCUUUAAUCCGCGACGAGUCUUCUUUCCUUGUCAUCACCGGUCCCAACAUGGGUGGAAAGUCCACAUACAUCCGACAAAUCGGAGUCAUCGCCCUCAUGGCACAGACCGGCUGCUUUGUCCCCUGUUCUGAAGCCGAGCUGACAAUCUUCGACUGCAUUCUCGCUCGAGUGGGUGCUAGUGACUCCCAACUGAAAGGUGUCUCCACAUUCAUGGCUGAGAUGCUUGAAACCGCCAACAUCCUUAAAUCUGCCACCUCCGAAUCUCUUAUUAUCAUCGACGAACUUGGUCGAGGAACAAGCACCUACGAUGGAUUCGGUCUCGCUUGGGCCAUUUCCGAACACAUCGUGACCGAGAUCCGAUGCUUCAGUCUCUUUGCAACCCACUUCCACGAAUUGACCGCAUUAGCGGAUCGAUACCCCAAAUCCGUACAAAAUCUGCACGUCGUCGCAUUUAUCGGUGAUGGUGCCGACGCCGACGGUGACGCCGAGACUGACUCCAAGAAAAAGCGCCAAGUAACUCUUCUAUAUCGUGUCGAGCCAGGUAUCUGUGAUCAGUCAUUCGGUAUCCACGUCGCCGAACUUGUUCGCUUCCCCGACAAGGUGGUUAACAUGGCCCGUCAAAAGGCCGAGGAACUUGAAGACUUCACCUCUGCUGGCCCUAACAACGCAGAGAAACAACAGCCUACACCUUCACUUGACAAGUACUCCCAGGAGGAGGUUGAAGAGGGUAGUUCUCUACUGAAGGAUAUGUUGGUGAAGUGGAAGGCAGAAAUUGAAGGCAAGGACCUAUCAUCUGAUCAGAAGCGCCAGAUUAUGCGUGAUUUGGUCAAUGCGGAUAGCAAAUUGCAAGAGAAUAAGGUGUUCCAGGGCAUCAAGGCUUUAUGA